GGAACGCGCUAGUGGUGCUGCGGGUGACGUCACACGGCAAUGGUGGCGACCAGGAGUGCACGCGGCGGCCGGCGGGGUUAGCGGCAGCGCCCCGCCGGACCGCUCCCUCCUUCUCUCCCUCUCUCCGUCCCGGGGCUGCAGAGCGCGGUUUGGGGGUUUUUUAGGUAAAAAUGAAGGCCAGGAAAGGAGGGAGAUUCAGAUCUUCUUUUAAGUUGAAACAAAAAGGCAUUGAAGUAAUUGGAAAAUGGAAAACUGUGGAAAUCGACCCAAAUCUGUUUGCUGAAGAGGAGUUUAGAAAUAUAGUAUGUUUGGAGGAACUUACAGACUACAGGCAAGUAAGUUCUUCCAAAGUGGGAAAAUUAAAAGAGAAGAGAAAGGCUGAGAGUAUUUCAGAAGAAGGUAAUGAGGAAGAGGAAGAAGAACCUGUCAUCUCUCACAAAAAGAAGAAGAAAACCAAAGAUCUGAGAAGCAAAACGGAUAAAAGCGAUGAUACCGCUGCAGCAGAAUUUGAUGUGCCAGUUGAUAGAGAGGCAAAGUGUAAUGAAAUAAUCGAACUGGUAGAUGAUGAGGACCACGGGCCUGUGGCAGACAGUGUGUCAAGUGCCAAAGAUGCCCCAAAGAAAAAGAAAAAGAAGGUAGCUAAAAAUAAGGCUUCUCAAGCUCAGGAAGCUCUUCUGUCGGUACCUACUUCUAAAAAAGUUAAAAACUGGACAACAGAAGUUCUGUCUGCCUCAACUGAUCGUAAAGCUGAUGUGUCUGCAUGGAAAGACCUCUUUGUACCUGAACCAGUGUUGCAGGCCUUGAGCUACCUGGGGUUUAGUGCUCCAACUCCUAUUCAGGCCUUAGCCUUGCCUUCUGCCAUCCGAGAUAAUAUGGAUGUUCUUGGUGCUGCAGAAACAGGAAGCGGCAAAACGCUUGCAUUUGCAAUUCCAAUGAUUCACUCUGUGCUGCAGUGGCAAAAAUCAAAUAGCUCAACAACCAGAAAUGACAGUGUUUCUAAAGACUCCCAUCAGCAUCAUGAUGAAACAAGUUGGGAAAAUGAGGAUGAAGCAGAAAAACUAACCCAUCAGCAGGCUGAAGAUAGCGGAGAUGAAGAUGAUGCAUCUUUCACAACAGGCUGUGUGAAGGUGCUGGAAAAUUUUGAAUUUGAUUCCGAUGAUAAGACUCAUACUGUUAGUUCCCAUAAGAAGACGCCGCUUUUAGGACUGGUCCUUACACCCACAAGAGAAUUAGCUGUACAAGUAAAACACCACAUUGACGCAGUUGCAAAGUUUACAGGCAUUAAGACUGCAAUUAUAGUUGGAGGCAUGGCUGCACAGAAGCAAGAACGUGUGCUGAAUCGAAAGCCAGAAAUUGUAAUUGCAACCCCAGGCCGCCUGUGGGAGUUAGUUAAAGAGAGACACCCACAUCUUUCAAAUCUUCGGCAGCUCAGGUGCCUUGUGAUUGAUGAGGCAGACCGAAUGGUUGAGAAAGGUCACUUCUUAGAGCUGUCGCAGUUGCUGGAAAUUUUAAAUGAUUCACAAUAUAACCCUCAACGACAGACUUUUGUUUUUUCUGCCACUUUAACUUUAGUCCAUCAGACUCCCACAAGAGUUUUACAGAAAAAGAAUGCUAAAAAGAUGGACAAGAAGACCAAACUAGAAUUGUUAAUGGAAAAAAUAGGAAUAAAGGGCAAACCCAAAGUAAUAGACUUAACAAGAAAAGAGGCUACUGUCGAGACACUGACAGAAACCAGAAUCCACUGUAAUACAAACGAGAAGGACUAUUAUCUGUAUUAUUUUCUUCUCCAGUAUCCUGGAAGAACCAUGGUCUUCGCGAACAGCAUAGACUGUGUAAAACGCCUCAGUUCUCUUCUCACAAUCUUAAAUUGUGAUCCUCUUCCUUUGCAUGCCAACAUGCACCAAAAGCAAAGGCUGAAAAACUUGGAAAGGUUUGCUGAGCGAGAGAGCUGCGUCCUCCUGACAACAGAUGUUGCAGCUCGUGGCCUUGAUAUUCCCAAUGUGCAGCAUGUCAUCCACUACCAGGUCCCUCGUACUUCUGAGCUGUAUGUACACCGAAGCGGCAGAACAGCCCGAGCUGCCAAUGAAGGCCUCAGCUUACUGCUCAUUGGCCCUGAUGACUUGAUCAAUUUUAGGAAAAUUUAUAAGACAUUGGAGAAGAGUGAAGAGCUGCCAUUUUUCCCAGUUGAAACCAAGUGCAUGACUUCUAUCAAGGAGCGGAUGAAUCUGGCACGGCAGAUUGAGAAGGCAGAAUUUUUCAACAGUCGAGCAAAGCAACAUAACUCCUGGCUCCAGCAAGCUGCAGAGGCUCUUGAGAUUGAUCUUGAUGAUGACAUGCUUAUGGGAAGAAAAACUAGUGAGGAAGAAGAAAGCCAGAAGCAAAAGAUACUGAAGGGGAUGAAAAAACAACUGAAACGUAUGUUGUCCCAGCCACUGUUUAAAGUUCUUAUGAAAACCAAGUACCCAACACAGUCUGGAAAACUACUCCUGCCUCAGACGUCAGUGAGCAUUUCAAAAUCUGCUCUGGGUACUGUGUCCAAACAACAAGCCAAGAAGAAGAAAUCAAUAAAAUUAAAUCAGGUAACUGGAUGAGAUGACUUAGUGUGAUGGAAGCAAGGACAAUCCUUAUCAAGGCUGCCAGUGCUUAUGGAGGAACUCAGCUAAAAGACACGUAGUUAUCAGAGGAUUUGUCUUGGUUCUGCAGGCACAAAGCAAAAUGUUGAUUUAAAGGACUCAGUUAACAUGCAGUAAAUUACAGUUAAGUCUUGUCUUGGAUCUUGUUUUCUUAUUUUUUUACUGAUUUUUUCUUGCUUUCUGUAUUAAUAGAAGUUAAUUUGUUUUGAAAUCACUCUGUUUAUUACUCCCUUUUGUGAGAUGGGUAAAAGCUACUGGGUAAAAUUCACUGUGGGCAUACUUGAUUUGAAUUUUAAACUUGAUUUAAACAGAACUUGAUUUGAAUUUCAAUGUCCUUAAAGGACAGGGGUACAUAGGCUGUAUACAGUCCAAGUACAAUCUGGGCUGUUAUUAGUGGGAGGUUUGGCUUUUACUGCAGCCAGUUCAGUGAGACAAAGGCAGCAAAUAUAGGUAGUGUUACCAGCAAGUCUAUAACUGUGGUUAUGGAAAUCUCUCUCAGUUUUCUUUUUCCUCUGAUAAUAUUUCUCUGCUCUGUUCUCCACUGGAUCUAAUUCCAUUAGUCUGGUGUUAAUAUGUUCUAGAAUGUGCAAAAAAAGUCAAAGUGACAAUGGGCCAGGACUGACCUUGGAAGAUGUGUAGAUUUUUGAGGAAUAAGUGUUGC